CUCAGUCCCCUCCCUGGAUGCCUUAAGGGUGGCUAUUGCCACCGCGGAGUUGCCCCUCCCCUGCGGGGACCCCGACGUCGCCGCCCCCUUCUCCUCCCACGCUGGUCCGCACCACUCUCCGCACCGCCAGCCACCCUCCGAGAUCUUCCCGCCGAGCCCAGGCGUGGGGCAUGAGGAGCCCCUGGGUGUCGCCUGCAGACAACCCAGCCUCGCGCACACCUCGCCAGUCGCUGACAGGGACAUGAACAGCAUGAUUGGGUUCCGGUGUCCGGCGGCCAGCCUCAGCCGGAGGCGGCCAGUGGGUCUGCGCUGUUUGGGAGAAUGAGGCAGGAACCCACGGCAACCUCUCUCUCCUCCUUCUCCUCGCCUUCCUCUGGCUCCCGCUCCCCGGACCCGGGCCGGGCUGUGGCUCUGCUGCGUGCCCUGCGCGCCCCCCACCUGCCUCCGGAUGCUCUUCUCGGUUAGCCUGGAGAGGAAGAUAAAGACAUUUGCAACCAAGAUGGUAAUCACGAGUGGAAACGAUGAAGACCGGGGAGGCCAAGAGAAAGAGAGCAAAGAGGAGAGCGUGUUGGCCAUGCUGGGCAUCAUCGGGACCAUCCUGAACCUGAUCGUUAUCAUCUUUGUAUACAUAUAUACCACUCUAUGAAAGGCCCCAUUCAGACCUCGGUGGCCUCAGGAUGGCCACGAGACAAGGGUCCUGUGCAUCCGUCUAUCAGCGACCACACACUGCGGGGGGACCAGCAGGUUUGAAGACCACACAAUGCUCCAUCAAUGCACCUUCGAACUUUCUGACGGGUCACCUGAUGGACCCGUCCUUCUGUGAGGAGCAGACACUCUGAAGCACAAUGAAUCCAGUGGGACUCCUUCAGGCCACAAGGAACUCCCACAGGGGACCCAGCGGGAUGCUGGAAAGGCCAGCCUUCUGCACCGGCGGUGAGCACGAGGGUGAGGAAGUGCUUCACCCUGGAGUGCUGACCACAUCUCACACUGGAAAGAGGAUGCGUGGGGUAGUCGCAGCUCCGCUGACCUCCUCCCAGGACUGGCAAGAUAAAUAAGCUCUAGGUGCGGUUCGUUGACAGGCAUUGCAUUCAUCAAAUGUUUCCAGCUGUUUGAUAUGGGAGAUAACUUAUUUUUCCUUUUUCAUUGGCUUGAUAUGUGUAUCUGUUCAUAUCGAGGUUUAUAAAUCUAUAUUUUUAAUAAAUGUGCUCUAUUUUUUAGCAUGAACCAAAUAUUUGGAGAAGCACUUCUGGACCCAUAGCUCUUCUUGGUUUUAAUCGCUUUUGCUCCAUCAGCUGCAAGACGUCUUUGUCUGUAGUCAUCCGGUUGCCUCAGCUCAUCUCAAGCCUUGUCGUACCUCAGGUUCUUCUUCCUUCCCAUCCCUGCCCCUCCCUUCUCUCCUCUCUCUUUCCCCUGUCUCUCCCUUCCAUCUCUUAAUUCCCCUAUCCUUCCCCAUCUCCCCACCCCCCAUCUCCUCUCUCCCCUCCUCCUCACCUCUUGUCUAGAGGACAUUUUCCCAUAAUACCAGCUGUGGUCUUGGCUGGUGUGUGCUUCAAGAUUGUCGAGCGGCUUUUCAUUGUUCUGUCAGAGAUAUAAACCGAUUGUGGGCAUGCAGACCUUAGAUGCACCCUGUCUUUAUUGAGAAUUAUGCAUGAACAAGGGCUGAGUGGCAGGCCAGCAUCUCCAGUUUUUAAAGGGACUACCAAGGAGGAAGAUGAGCAGCCCUGCCUGCAGGCCACCCUUGGGACAGAGCAGUCACCAGCUCAAGUGCAGUAUUGCUUAUUUGCUCCUGUAACCAUCCAAUUAUCAGAUUCUGAUUUAUUUAUUUAUUUAUUUAUUUAUUUAUUUAUUUAUUUAUUUAUUUUUGUGACCAUGAGAGAUGGAAACGGGGCGAGCUCGAUGUUCAGUGCACCAGCCGUCAUCCCUUCCUUGGUGAGCUGCCUGGGGAGGUGGAGGGUGGGAUCUCUUCAGAAGUCAGUGGGAUAUGAGGGAAGUGAGACCUCCCCGCUGUGAGAAUGCACACACAGUUCCUGCUGUAAAAACACUGCUGGGACGAGUGACCCUUCAAGGGCAUUGGGAGGGGACUUAAUGGUCUCUGUUAAGGAGCCCUGCACAUUUUAAAGCUGUUUUUCCACUCACACAAAGCUCUUUUUUUCUCUGAGGGGAUGGUUGAAUAAAUACAAAUUUGCCCUGCUCUCUGGCUCCGUAACACAGCCCCAACCUGGAUGCAGUGUACAGCUUUAAGGAGAGGGUCCGCAUUCAUUCUGCCAAGGGCAGAAGUGGCAGCAGCCCCCCCUUUGGAUUCAGAUGACACUAAGGGGGGGCAUGUCUCAGCUUGCCCCCUUCCUUAAAUGGCACCAUGAAGGAGUCAUUUCUUGGGCUUCACUAAGGGACCAGUCUCUUUUAUAAAUCAAAUACCCAUGAGCACCUGGCUCUGCCCAGAGAUGUCUCCUCUUCCCCACCAGAAGGACAGAUACCGUGUACACAAGUAACCAGGCUUUCAUAGUUGCUGGUGAGAGGGAGAGUCUUUCUCUCUCACCUGUGUGGUAGAAGGAAGAAGAAAGGACAGCUCGGACCAGGAAUCUUCCCUGAGGUUUCCUGGCACCCAGUGGAGUCAGAUUCUAGCCUCACCUGGCCAGUUCCUUAUCCCAGCGAGGACUUGGAUGCUGUUGUGGGAUGCUGAUGAGGAUAGUGACUGUGGCUGGAAAGCCUGUCGCUUUGCUGAGGAUCAACCCAGCACACACACACACACACACACACACACACACACACCACACCACACCACACCACAACAGGAAACAACCUUAGAACUCCUUGGACACUGGCAGAAUUUGACACAAAUAAAAGACAGUAGAGAGGCUGGUUAGGAAGGUGGGAGGCACCCCGGGGCGAGCACUACCUACCAGGCUGUGUGAUUCUUGACAAACUGUAAUUCUGCACAGUGGACUAAACAAACAAUAAAGGUGCAGUGGGGGAAACUAUUGGUGUCGCCAACUUCCUCGUGAGCCCGUGUGUAAUUGUUUGAUUUAAUAAAACUUGACCGUGGCUGUA